AUGGCCUACCAGGAACUGAGAACCUUUUCAGGGACGCAAGAGCCAGGCCGUGAGGCAGAGUCCUUCGAGAGCUGGCUGGACCAUGCCAAUGACAUGCUGUACCUGUGGCGCCACAUAUCAGAGAGGGAGAGGAGGAGGAGGCUGGUGGAGAGCUUGAGCGGCCCCGCCCUGGAUCUCAUGUGCGGGCUCCUGGAAGAACAUCCGGACACCCCUGCACAGGACUGCCUGGCCACGCUCGUGCAGGCGUUUGGGAACAAGGACACCAAGGUGUCCGCGAGGCUGAAGUUCCUGACUUGCUCCCAGCGGCCUCGGGAGACUCUCUUUGCCUACGUGAUGCGCCUGGAAGGCCUGCUGCAGAUGGCCAGGGAGAAGGGAGCGAUCCACCGAGCUAUCGCAGACCAGCUGCGAGCCCGGCAGGUGCUGAUGCGGGCCCGGCCGAACCAGAUACUCCAGAACAACCUGAGGAGGAUGCAGCUGGAGAGGAGGCUGCCUGGCUUCGUGGGGCUGCUGCGGCUUGUCCGGGAGACUGAGGUAUGGGAGGCGGCCCUGGCUAGGAAUGAGCAGUCCCGAAGAGAGGAAGGAGCCCAAGCGCACAUUGGUGGGCUGGCUGCCGCCCAGGCAGCUGAUGCUGAACCUGCCUCUGCCAUUGAUGAGACCUCCCAGGCCUCCCCUGCCAAUGAAGAUGCCGGUGAGCCUGCUCCUGACCCUGAGCACCCCGCUGAGGCUACCCCUGCUGCUGAUGCUGCCACAAAGGCAGGCGCUGGCACUGGCACGGAAGAGGCCAAGGUCUCCCCUGCCACCCAGGAAGGAGACAAUGCUUCUGCCUCUGCAGGCCUAAGCCAGGCAGGUUCCACAGAGGCUCCUGGAGGCCCCACCGCAGCCCAGAUGGGCAGGGCUUCUGAGGAAGGCCCAGGGGUGCCUGGCUGGGGGCUGGAGAGCCUCACCAGGGCAGGAGAGCAGGAGGCCACUGAGGAGCCCACACUGGAGGAGCUCCAGGCCAUCCUGGAGGAGUCGGGAAACGAGGAUGGGGCAGGGGAGAGGAGUCACUCCGAGUCCUUUCUAGGCAAAUAG